GAGCGCCGCGGAAGGGGGAAACAAUAACAAGGCAGGCGUCAUGAGAAGUGAGAUAACACUAGUUUUUGGAGCUAUAUUCGUCAAUCAGGUGCUGGGAGAAUAUGGCAUGGCGCAUUUCAGCGACAAGGGAACGAGGAAAGGCAAAGAUUACUGCAUAUUUUUCAACCCUCAGUGGGCGCGGCUACCUCAGGACCUCCACAAAGCGUCCCGCCUCCAGAUCCAUGACCUGACAGCCUCGGUGCUGUGCUCCCCCUCAGAGGUGCCUGUGGGGGGGUUCACCAACCGCAUUCCCAUGGUGCUCCGGGGCAACUGCACCUUCUAUGAGAAGGUCAGGCUGGCGCAGAUCAACGGCGCCAAAGGCCUGCUCAUUGUCAGCAAGGACAGGCUGACACCACCAGCCGGAAACAAGACGCAGUAUGAGGAAAUCGACAUCCCAGUCGCACUGCUCAGCUACGCCGACAUGCUGGACAUUAGCAGGACGUUUGGGAAGGGCAGAGAAGUUGCCAUGUAUGCCCCCAAUGAGCCGGUCCUGGACUACAACAUGGUGAUCAUCUUCCUGAUGGCAGUGGGCACGGUGGCUAUAGGAGGCUACUGGGCAGGCAGCCGAGACAUCAAGAAGCGGUACAUGAAGCAUAAGAGGGACGACGGGGCGGAGAAGCAGGACGAGGAGACGGUGGAUGUGACGCCCAUCAUGAUCGGCGUGUUCGUGGUCAUGUGCUGCACCAUGCUGGUGCUGCUCUACCUGUUCUACGAUCACCUGGUCUACAUGAUCAUCGGGAUCUUCUGUCUGGCCUCCUCCAUCGGCCUCUUCAGCUGCCUCUGGCCUUUCGUCCGCAGGAUCCCCAUAGGAAAGUGCAGGAUACCUGAGAAUAACCUUCCCUACUGCCAUAAGCGACCUCAGGUGCGCAUGCUGGUGCUGUCAGCGUUCUGUGUGGCUGUCAGUGUCACCUGGGCAGUUUUUCGCAAUGAGGACCAGUGGGCCUGGGUGCUUCAGGACACACUGGGAAUCGCCUUCUGUCUCUACAUGCUCAAAACUAUCAGGCUGCCCACUUUUAAGGCUUGCACCCUGCUCUUGGUCGUGCUGUUUGUCUAUGACGUUUUCUUUGUAUUUAUAACUCCAUUUCUCACAAAGAGUGGGGAGAGCAUCAUGGUAGAGGUGGCGGCUGGUCCAUCAGAUUCCUCUACUCAUGAGAAGCUUCCCAUGGUUUUGAAAGUGCCCAGACUGAACUCCUCCCCCUUAGCGCUGUGCGACCGUCCCUUCUCCCUGCUGGGGUUCGGGGAUAUCUUAGUGCCAGGCUUGCUUGUAGCCUAUUGCCACAGGUUUGAUAUUUUGAUGCAGUCGUCACGGAUUUACUUCGUGGCCUGUACCAUAGGGUACGGGAUUGGCCUGCUUGUCACCUUUGUGGCGCUGGCUCUGAUGCAGAUCGGCCAGCCUGCCCUCUUAUACCUGGUGCCUUGCACUCUCCUCACCAGCCUGGCGGUGGCGCUCUGGCGCAGGGAGUUGCCCUUGUUCUGGACAGGGAGUGGCUUUGUGAAGGAUGUACCCCCGCCGCCCUUAGUGAAGUCACCCGUCAAAUGCACUCCAGCUGAAGAGCCACACUCCAGCGAGCCCACGGCCAAUCAGGAGCCUCAGGAUGGCGAAGCCUCCAAUCAGAGUUAGGACCCACCCCCUUCUGCAGGAGGAUUCCCUCCCCAGAGAGGAGACAAGCCAAUCAGAAUAAUGGAUCCUUUGUUUGGAUUGGACAGCAAGUACUGUACCUUUCAUUUUUAAUGUUCGACUUCAUUUACGGACAACACUCAUAAUGGACAAUUCUCGCGUGUCAAAGGAAGAGUUGGGGGCACUCAAUGACAGAGGCGGAUUUACCCAGAAUUCAUGGUGUUUCUGUACAGCGGCGUGUGAGAGACACACACAAAGAGCACAGCGACGUGGGUCUUUUGUGGGUGUCUUUUUGCAUGUUCUGAGGGUAAUGUGCUUGAAGGAAUAAGACAGCACUUUCCUGUCUUCGUGCCUCUCUCUCUCUCUCUCUCUCUUUCUUCCUCCCCCUUUCCUUCUUUCUUUCUUUCUUUCUUUUCCUGGAUCUGAACACUAGUGGCCUGGCAGUUUAUCUUCAGAGGCAUUGCCUCCAAGGCCAGUUAACACCCCCCCCCGCCCCAUCUGGCCAAACCCCUCCACUUCACUUUUGCAUUUUCUUUGUUUCCUUCAAACGGAACAGUGGGGUUCAUGCCGGAGCCAAUCCCAGUCACAGCUGAAGAGUGUCCGUCUGUCGUAAAGAGGUGCUAUCUGUCAGUGGUGUCCGAGGGAACCAAAGGUGUUUGAUCAGGAUAAUACACAUCUUUAUUUUUUCCAUUUACCUGAAAACUGAUGUGUUAAAUUUGCAUGCUAAGGUUUUAACUUAUAUAAUGGGGCACACAGUAUACUUUAUAUAUUUAUAUUCGUGUACACAGCGUGGGUGUGUACAUUAAUAUAUAUAAUAUAUAAUUACAUAUAUAAUUUAGGUACAGCAGUUUAAUAUAGUUAUUAAUAAGAACAUACUAAUUAUGAAAAAGUAAUGGGGGUGCAUUUCUUUUUUACUUUGGUAAAACACUACACUGGCCUUUGGUGUCCAUGGUUUGAGACUGAAUGUGUAUGUGUAUUGCAUUAUGGACGCUCAGUACUGCAGCCAUGACGACAUUGCGUUUAUUUUGCCUGUUAUUGACGGUGCUGUUACUGACCUGAGGGACAUUUGACAUCCAGCAUAUGGUGUCCCCGUCACAGUGCUGCACAAUGCGUGUUAGAGCAGGCCACCAGCAACUAUUCGUGAAUUCAUUUUUCAUAUUUUUUUUUCUUUUCUACAAAGGCUUGUUCACAUUUCUAGCAUGUUCACAUGGAGCUCAGGUGAUUGUGGCUGGCUGCAAGGGGUGCUGUGUUAUUACUUUAAGUUGUAUGAGAUGAUCAUGGGGUGAAAGCAUUUCUGUUACAAGGCAAUCAUUAAAACCACAAAGGUUCUAGAUAUUGUGAGCUGGGCAAAAAUGAGCAUCUCCAUGUUGUGGAGCAGGCUGGAUGACACUUGAUGAUGUCAUUUCCCCCUCAUCUCCUGAUUGGCUGGUUCCUUUUUUCCAAUGCAAGGAAGUGCAGGAAAACAUGGUGCCAAAAUGGUGUGCUUGAGAACAAUGCAUGGUCUUUUGUCGAAGCUGAGGCAUUAACAGCUGGCUGCAGAGCUCUGAUUGAAAAAUACUGACUUAUAGUCUUACGCACCACAGUAGUCCAUCUCACUGUGGAUGACGCGUUGGAAUGCAGUUUUUCUGGGCAGUUUUUCCCCCUGUUAACCAUAGUGAAUGAAUGAAAUUUGGGUUUAAAACAUGGAAAUUUACCCAUCCUGCACUGCUCCCACUGCGUCUUGGUACAUGUUGAUCAGGGGCAUUUUUACUUCUUGGAAGGAGUUUCCACCACCAUAGGAAAUGGAGGACACUAGAGUAUCACUAAAUGUAUGUGCUGUUCUAUAUUAGAGUUCAGACAGAUUACAAAGGGGGGGGGUGCAGUUCCAUCAAACCAGUAUAUACCGGUUUGUCCUUAGCUAAGCAAGUUCUUUUUUUAGUGAAAACUGUUUAAGAAGGGGGGGGGCAAAAUAUUUCAUUUCUAUCCAUAAAGAUAAGGAAAAGGUGCAUUGUGUUCUGGUAGAAUAGGGACCUAGACUGUAUUGUUUUUCUGCUAAAUCACCCCUGUGAAGCUCUAAGAGUUAGUUGCUGGUUUGUCUCGACCCUCCAGACCAGCACAGGGUACUGAGGCAUGGCCCAGAAUGCAAGGAGGGGAGUUAGGGAGGUGGGGGUGAUGGCCUAUAUAUGAGAACCUCCCUGACAGCAGAGUUCACUGGCUGGGUUGAGCUGUACACUCCGGUCCUGUGUGUGACCUGAGGCAUUCUUUCAUAUAUCUAGCUGUCACUGACGGAAGGGAACCAAGUGGGUUUUUAAUACCUCAGUGGGAAAUUAAGUACAAUAAAGA